AUCGCAGCGGCGUAAUCGUCCGCAUCUCCGAGUGUGCGAAAUACACGCUGUCCUUCGGCACCAAGGCAGUGGAGGAGUAUGGCCAUUUUCCGCUUCGUCGGGACGCCAUCGAGGCCCAUUGCUAACAGACCUUGCAGCAGAAGCUUGGAUCUUCAAACCAUUGUUUGUAAUGCACUGUUCGAUUGGUCAGGGAGGACAGACCGUUAAAGGCAGCAGAGGAGAGGCAGAGGUCUUCAUAGUUCAGCAGCUCCAGGCUGCUCAGGCCAGACUGCAUCUGGAGUCACUCCUGUAUAAAAGACAAGAUGGGACGGGUGAUGACUCUGCUGAAAGUCUUUUCUUCACCAUAUUUUUCUUUCCUGAAAGCAUAUAAACCUGGAUUAUGUCCACAUGCUUCGAUUGAACAAAAAUAAUUAUCAGGGGGAAUCCCACAUUUUGGCCCCAAUCUCAAGGAAAGGUGUUUUGAGUUGGGCAGGCGCCUCAUCAAUGCCAUGAAGAUAAGUUUUAUGACUAGGAUUUUUUUCUUCAUGGUAAUGUAGUGUGGUAAGACUGACAAGUUGCAAAAUAGCAGCACUUAUCUCUGAUAUCGAGGUUCUCUUGACCUCACAGUCAGUUGUCUCAAAGAUAAAAGUGAGCUGGUCAGACAGCAACACAUUGACGGAUGACAAGCCUCUGGAGGUGUUGUAAAGCCCCCAAGUGAGUGUCAUCAGAGCUGUGCCAUCAGUGCACUGAACCGAUCCACGCCAGCCACAAUCUGUUGCAAGACUUUUGCUUUGCUGUUGCCUUUUAAACAAAAACAGACUUGAAUUUCCUUGAAGGGCCAAUGGUCGAUAGGUCUCUUAAAGCGCAGUUUAAACAAACAUUCAGUUUGUCGCAAUCAGAGAUAAAUCCAAACUCAUGGAUCCAAAUUUCUUCCGGUAACAUUAGUUGAAUAUCGAACAUUGUUUCAUUUAACAAACGGUAACAUGUUUACUGCACAUCUAUUUCCUACACAGAUCAUUUGGUAUCGUCUCCAAAUAUACUGAACAAAAUUAUAAACGCAACACUUUUGUUUUUGCCCUCAUUUUUCAUGAGCUGAACUCAAAUAUCAUUUCUAUGUACACAAAAGCCCUAUUUCCCUCAAAUAUUGUUCAAAAAUCUGUUUAAAUCUGUUUUGGGGAGCACUUCUCUUGCCGAUAUAAUCCAUCCACCUGCACAUUUUAGAGACUCCUUUUAUUGUAGCCAGCCUAAGGGACACGUGAGUAAUAAUAAUGCAGUCUAAUCAGCAUCUUGAUAUUCCACACCUGUGAGGUGGAUGAAAGGAGAAGUGCUCACUAACACAUAUUUUAGGCAGAUUUAGGCCUUUUUGUGUACAUAGAAAAAGUCUUAGGUCUUUGACUUCAGCUCAAGAAAAAUGGAGGCAAAAACAAAAGUGUUGCGUUUAUCUUUUUGUUUAGUGUUCAUAUUUCUUACACACACUAAAUUAACUAGCGUGGCGUUCUUUUGAGUCUUAUCUUUUCAAGUAAUAUGAACCGGUUCACUAAACCAUACUAAAAGAAAAAUUUAUAUUAAAAAACUUGAAUGUCGGAAAAAUAUAGUUAGUUCUUUGGAAGUAGACAUAUUAUAUCCGAAAUAUGAUUAAAGAGGUGUAUAUUAACUUCUCCAGCAUGUUCGAAUUUACAGAAUUGUUUAAAACAAUUAUUAAAAAAGAACUGUCCGAAGAACCGAUUCACUGAAAUGAACCACUCACUUCCUAGGGGCAUUAUUGACGGAAGUGACGCAGUCCUUACGCGACGCGAGACGUUAGCCGCGCUUUAUCCGGGAAAAUUCAAACGAGUUUAUAUGGUAAGCGAGUCGGUCUUUUGGGGGGUUUUUGUUUUCUUUUUGGUUCUUUUUGUUUCACUUUGUGAUGUGUAAUCGAUUCGGGAAUCGGGUUUGUCGACGUGACAAGUAUUUUUGUUUUAACAUUAAUAUUUUACAACUAACGUUAGACUAACACUGGAUUUAGAGAAGCGUUUACAGUUUAAAUCGAUUAAGAUGUUUUUAAUACCAAUGUUGCGUGUAUAAAUACAAAACCUGUGACAGAUUUUUCAUAGAAAGUGUCCAAUUUUAUAGACGAGAGACAGUCUUUAUAGACGAAUCAAUCUAUCGUUUUUAGCUUCUUUUGUUAAUUAGAUUUUGCCCUUCGCAUCUUAACGUUGACUUUGAUGAGAACAUGGACCACAGUGGGGCUGGAAACAUUUUCUAAUAAUACAACAAUGUAUCAUCAUCUGCAAGACUAUUUAAUAGCUCCUGAAGCCCCUAAGCCUGGUGAUAUGAUCACACCAGUGAAAACCAUACCUAAAGUAGCUCACAAUUGGGUAACUGGAUCAGGCAGAAAGAUUUCAAACCGAGAUUUGUUGGUGAUGAACUCCACUGCACAGAAUGCUGAAGAAAACAGCCCAAAUAUCCCGUGUGAGCUCAGCAGCAUCAAUCCCAUGGCAGAGGUCGCCCCUCUAGAUAAAGUGGACAUGAUGCUGAAGAGGUGCAGCGAGACGCCAGCAAAGAUUUUUGCAAGAAUGAAGGCAAAAGUUCAGAGACAAAAUUCUGAGGGGCAUGGGGAAGCCUCUGAUCAUGUAAGCAUCAGAGAGAUGCGUGACCGUGUCCCCUCGAACCCUGUAACCCAGACCUCUCAGAAGAGUAACGCAAACCAGGAGACAUGUGUGUUAGCCCUCUCACCUCCAAAGUCACUGAGAGGAGAUGCACAAGCUGGAGAAAUGGACUUACCACAGGAUAGCCAUUCCAUCAGUCUUCACAAAGUGCCUGGAAGACAACAUGAAACCUUUAAUACGGAGUCAGACUCAUUUAUUGAGCCCUAUGUUUUACUUGAGAAUAUACCUGGGGAGAUGUUAUCAGAGAAUCUUUAUAACAGAAACAGACAGCCUCAUAUGCUGUUGAACAAGGUGGUUCCUGAUGACAUGUUAGCCCAGAUUCAGCGGAAACCCAUCACCUAUGUCAGCGGUUCAAAGGACAUUAGAAAUAAAGGUGGUGUUGUAUUUGGUGAGAGGAGCAUUGCAGUAGAAAAGGACAGUGAGGAAGACCUCCAAAUAGACACAUCCAGUAGUCCUGAGUCGGAGUCUGAUCCGUUUGGUCAGUCGGAGUGCACAGAAGUGGUCCCUGGACUCCCUCAGCCUCAUCGUAAUCUACUGGAUGAUCCUCUCCUGCAGCUCUCUCCUCGGGUGUUGAUCCCACAAAAGACAGCGUCUGUGUUUCAGUCAAAACAACGAGCUAAAAAAGCAGAUGUAAUUCUAGAUGAAGGAACCAAUGUGAGGGGGAUUCAUUUAAGAGACUGGGUUUUGAAACUGCUCAACAAAGACCUUGUGGUUGAUGGUAUUCGCAUAGAUACUAUGAUACCUUGGCACAGCAGUUUUAUCACUGAAAGAAUCUCAAGCAAUGUUCUCAAGACUUCAUCUGGCAGAACCUAUGUCCUCAUUGGGAAAAUGGCCAAACAUCCCAAUUCAUUGUUUCCAACAUGGUUUUUGAAGAAGUUUCUUUUUGGGUUUCCAAAAAUGUGGAAGGAGUACCUGGAUCAGUUUUUGCGUGGACAUACGGGACUGCAGAAAAAUCAGAAGGACGACAGUGUUGCGAAAGCUCCCAAAGCUAAAAAUCAACAGGCCUCUAAACUCUCAACCUGCAAACAUCCCAAAAUUCAGGGCAAUAUAAUGUCUCCCAGUCCCAUCACUCCCACUGACAACAUUCAGCAGGGCAGUGCAAAAGUUUCCCGCAGUGGCCGACUCAUCAAACCACCUCUGGAAUACUGGAAAGGAGGGAGGAUUGUUAUGGAUUCUGACAUGAACGUCACUAUCCAUGAGGACUACACUACCUCAGUGCUGUCCACGCCAAAGAAAGCAGUAACUAUGGAAACAUCACAAAUCACAGAGAAACAAUCAUCCAGGCCUGAAACUCUGGGAAGAGGGAGGCGUAACACAUCUAGCAGUGAAGAUGAACUGUCAGUGCCAAUGAGGAGGAUCAAGCAGCGUUCGAAACCCCAAAGAAAAGUCCAAUCUCAGAGCAAUCCACCUCCAAUUGAGAGCACAACACUGAAUAAACCUUCAAGAGCUCAGAAAGGACCCAUAGUUAUGGCCCUCAGCUCAAUCUCAGGUCAUGCUGUGAAACAAAAAGCUAGUCAACCUCAAAGAGCCUCUCUGAGAAAACAGCAGGCAGGAAAAGAGAAAAACGCUAUGGGUUCAGGGUCAGAGAUGAUGGAGAACACAAAGGUUGAUUCAGUGAAUGGUCAUUUCUCACCUAGGGAUGGAGCAGUGUCAUAUGAUGAUCAGGAAUCGGGCUUUGAGAAUGAUCCGAAGACAAAGAACCACGGCAAGUUCCCAAAGCAAAUUCAGGGGGGACCACAAUCCAUGCCUCACGACAGCAGUUGCUUACGCCGAAGUGCUCGCAUAUACUCCAGAGCCCAGUACUCUACUGACUCUAACAGCUCAUUUGCAUCUCCAGACCCUCCAAAAAGGCGAAAAGGAAAAGGGUCCACAAACCGUAAACAGCUAACAAAACCUCAUAAAACUGAGACCUCUGUGGUGCGAGAUUCUACCACCCGUAAGGAACAACCUGAACAGGUUUUAGUGAGAGGUUCCCGUAGACCAAAAAAGGUCUUGCAGCGGAAUUCAGACGCAUUGGUAGGAGAUACUGUUGAUUUUCCCUCAGAUGAUGACGACGAAGAAAGAAGACGACAUGACAAGAAGACCACGUUAUUGUUGAGGAGGACAAGACAGAGGAAAGCUAAAUCUGAUCUAAAAUCCAAUGGACACUUUGCGUCCUCCGAGGACAUGCAUUCUGAGCACUCCGAGGAUGAGGAAAGUGUUCAACAUGCCGUUUCAAAUAACAGAAGAUCAAAGAAAUACGAAACCGGAAAAGCAAGCAAGAGAAGCAAAAAGCCACAAACAGAAAACAGCAAUAAGCAUGAAGAAGAUGAGCUAUUAGAUGGAAAAUGGACUGAAGAAGAGCUACAAAAACUACAUGAGGCUGUCAACUCAUUACCUAAGCACAAGAGCGGUUACUGGGCAAACGUUGCAUAUACUGUCGGCACUCGUUCGGCUGAAGAGUGUCAGGAACAGUAUAAUUCCAAUCAGAAGACCAACAAAAGACCCAGAAUAAGAGCACAAAAGAAACCAGCAGCAGAUAAGGAUCCAGGAAAGGAAGUAGUUGAAAUAACUGCUAAAGCUGGAACACUUAAAAGGAGACAGCAGAUGAGGCAGUUCUUGGACCACAUGCCCAAAGAUGACCAUGAUGAUGUGUUUGCCAACUCACCAAUGCACAAUAAGCAAAUCAAGUUGCCUGUAUUCGCUGCAAAUGGAGAUGAAGAUUUCAGCCUGCUUCAAAACCCUCAGACGCCGAGUUCUAGCAUUUCAACUGCUGCUAAAACCCCUCAGUGUCUGCACAUAAGCCCAGGAAUGCUGGGAUCCAUCAACAAGAAUAACAUGGACAAGUACAUUUUCCAUUUUCAGAAGAACCAAAAAGGACGGAAACGGGGCAAAAAGGCAGCACCAAUAGACAAGCUUACACCAACUCCAGUAGUCAAGAAGACUCUAAAGAGAUGUGUUGCUGAAGAUGAUGACUUUGUGGUGUGGAAUAUGCUGUCAGAUAAAGAUAUCCCAUCCAGAGAUGAUGAUAGUGACGAGGAGGAUGAUUAUUUUAUGGAAUACUGCUGAGUUUCACUAUUAUGGUAUAGCAUCAUAGUUUAAAAUGUAUCUAAAAUCAGUUCGUUUCAGUGCUGUUGAUCACAUUAUUUUACAGUGUUUUAGCUUCUCAUUUUCCCAAUAGUUUUUAAGUGUGUUUUGGUUUGUCAAACACCAGUGCUCAUGAAAUGUUUGCUAGCUGUAGCUCACAAAACAUCUCAAAUGAAGAGUUUUAAUUUGCCUUGUUGAGCCAGUUCUUCAACAAUGCAGUGUUUAUCAGCGGGUUGUAUAUAUAUAUAUUUUAUUUGGCGUUAAUAAUCUGCGGAGGUUAUACCAUAAAAUUCGAAUGAAAGCGUAAAAAUGUAUCUGGUAUAAAAGUUGAAAAGGCAACAUUUUAGAUUCUUUUAUUUGAUCAUAGAGUAAAUAAAUAUAUAAGCAAAUACAAUGAAUGAACAAAUAAAACGGUUUAAGCUUAAUUUUUGUCCACCAGUUUUACUCGAGUAUGCUGUGCUAGCUGUGGCUUUCUUUGUCAUGUUCCUUCAAGUUCUUUAUAAAUAUAUUUUUCUGGAAAA